AACCUUAUUUUUCCUUCAUAUAGGUUUCUGCUUCUGCUCUAGCUUCAUGUCGGUAUACCUAUAUGGUUUAUCCAAUGGAAAUGAUUCUAUGAACUCCCUUCACAUAUCCAUUGGUGGUCUUCCAGUUAUAGCGUCCAUGACAAAUACAAGAGAUUCACGUUUUCACCUGAAAUGGAAGACUAUACUCGCAGCAAUCAUAGUUCUUUUCAUAUUCUACAUGCUGUAUUUUCACAAAGGUUCCCCAAAUAGCCCUUAUCCACGAAAUACCCACAACUGGCCAAUUGAUAAUUUUCCAAAGGACAGAUACAAUGACACGUACCCACUUUCACCCCCACAGAAGACCCUGGAAGGCAUCCGAUACCGUAUUGGGCUGAUUGCUGACCUGGACACUAACUCAAAGAAUGAAUUGAACAGUGACACUUGGUUUAGUUACUUAAAGAAAGGAUACUUGAUAUUAUCAAACAGUGGUGACAAAGUAACUCUCGAAUGGGACAAAAAUGAAUCCAUUCUCAAAACACAUUUGUCAGAAAAAGGACGUGGCAUGGAAUUGUCGGAACUCAUAGCAUUUAAUGGAAAGCUUUACACUGUGGAUGAUAGGACAGGUGUCGUAUAUGAUAUUGAUGGUGAUAAGGCAGUCCCUUGGGUAAUUCUAUCAGAUGGAGAUGGAACUGUUGAGAAAGGUUUCAAAGCUGAAUGGUUGGCAGUAAAAGACGAGCACCUUUAUGUGGGUGGACUCGGUAAGGAAUGGACUACCACCACAGGAGAGGUAGUCAAUGAAAAUCCAGAGUGGGUGAAAGUUAUUGGUUACAAAGGUGAUGUAAAUCAUGAAAAUUGGGUGUCUCACUACAAUGCACUCCGCACAGCUGCUGGAAUUAAAGCCCCAGGAUACCUCAUUCAUGAAUCUGCGGCCUGGAGUGAUCGACUGCAGCGCUGGUUCUUCCUGCCACGGCGAGCAAGCAGUGAGCGGUACAAUGAAAAAGACGAUGAGCACAAAGGAACAAAUCUCAUUAUUAAAUGUACUCAAGAUUUUAAGGAGAUCUUGGUGAGCAAGAUUGGAGUGGUUAAUCCGACUCAUGGAUUCUCUUCCUUUAAGUUUAUUCCAGAUACAGACGAUCAAGUCAUUGUGUCGCUGAAAUCGGAGGAAGAUAAUGGGAAAAUAGCAACUUAUAUAAUGGCUUUUACUUUAGACGGACGCUUUCUUUUAGAGGAAACAAAAGUCGGGGAUAUAAAAUACGAAGGGAUAGAAUUUAUAUAAGUCAUGUCACGGUCAAUGCACAGACCUGAAUUAAAGUACUACUGUUUUCAAGAAUUUUUAGAAGGGCAGAUUCCCAAAUUGGUAUAUCACUUAGAAUGGUUCUUGGUUGCCAUUAAUCUGAAGUAGUGUUUUUUUUUUUGUAAUACCCAUUUCUAUGUUUACAUGUCAAAAACCGAAUACAAGGUAUUGCAAGAAUCGCACUUUCCUCUGCUUUUUUCUUCAAACAACUAAUUUUGCUGGAAUUGCUGAACAUUUACUGGGGAUGUUGAUUCAUGCUUAUGUGGUGUAAAGUCUGCAAUCAAUCAAGAAAAUGUGCAUGUCCUUUUUUUUAAAAAUUAAAUCAAUACUGGUUCAGUUUG